GUCUUUAAAGCGCAAUAGGGAAGCGAGUGUGUCCAAGAUCCAGCUCCUUCCCUGGAAGCGGAAUUCUGAAGCCAAACGGGCAAACAUGAUUCCAGUCUGGAAGAUUUGGUUCAUCACUGUGGUUGGAGCUGUGAGUCUUUCUGCCCAAGAUAACUGUCUGUUUGAGGCAGCAUCUCGUUUUUGGAACUGUUCUUCAAAGGCUUUCAGUGUGGUUCCACCUGAUUUAACAGACGAUGUCUUGAGGUUAGAUCUGUCCUUCAACAGGAUUGAGCAAGUGAGAGAAAUAGAACUGAAGUCUGCAGUCAACCUCUGUAUCCUUUUGCUUCAGUCAAAUCUAAUCCAUACAAUAGAGGAGGGUGCCUUUCACACUCUUGUCAGACUGGAGAAUUUGGAUUUAUCGAUGAACAAGCUGACUUACUUGUCAUCCUCUUGGUUUGGAUCCCUUUCUUCCUUGCAGAAGUUAAAUAUCAAAGGGAACUACUAUUCAGAACUUGGGGAAACACCACUCUUUUCUGGCCUAAAAAGUCUGCAAUUUCUGUACUUGGGAAAUGACAAUCACUUCUCUACUUUACGGAGACAAGACUUAGAAGGGAUUUCUGUUCUGGAAGAGUUGGAGGUAGAAGGACCACUUCUGAAGCAGUAUGAGCCAGGAAGCCUUCUAUCAUUGCAGCGUAUAAAUAAUCUUAUUUUGAAUGAUCCUUCCACGUCCAUUUUACUUUUGCUUAUGCGUGAUGUUAGUAAUUCUGUGGCAUGCCUUGAAUUGCAAAAUGUUGAAAACAUUGCACCUUUCCUAUCACUUGAUCAAGAGAUUGAUUUGGCUGCCAAAAAAAUGGUGUUCAGAAGUGUUAUUUUUCUGGACAGCAGUGUUGCUCAUAUGAUACACUUUUUGGCCAGUAUGAAACAACUCCAUGAGGUCCAGCUUUUGGACUGCACAUUGCGGGGUAAUGGCUAUUUUGGGAACAUUCAGCAUUAUUCAAGCAGCUUACAUGUAAUAACAAUUAAAAAUAUUACAAAUGAGGCAUUUUAUGCAUUUUCUGAUUUGUCCAGUGUGAUACAUUUGUUGGAGAAUAUUACUAGUAUCACAGUUGAAAAUUCAAAAGCUUACCUGGUGCCUUGUCCUUUAGGAAAAUUCAGUUAUUCACUACAGUAUCUUGAUCUCAGUGAUAAUUUGUUUAUUGAUCCAGCAUUAGAUAUUUCAUUGUGCCAAGGCGCCUGGCCUAAACUGCAAACUUUAAAUGUGAGCCAAAAUUCUUUGUCACAGAUUGAGAUAGUAUCACAAAGCACAGCUCGUAUGGUAAAUCUUUGGAACCUAGAUAUAAGUCAAAAUAGCUAUGGAACGAUGCCAGAUUUUUGUGAGUGGCCAAAAAAUCUGAAAUAUUUAAACAUCUCAAGCUCUAAAGUAAGCAAAGUCACAAAUUGUAUCCCCCAAAGUCUGGAGGUGCUGGACAUUAGCAAUAAUAACCUCCAAGACUUCAGACUGAGCCUUCCUCAUCUCCAGGAGCUUCACAUCCAAAACAACAAAUUGACUGCCCUUCCACUUGCUGCCUCAAUCCCGAGCCUUAGCAUCAUGAACAUUAGAAGAAACAAAAUAUUUGGAUUCUCUGAACAGGAACUGGAAAGAUUUGCACACUUGGAGAUAUUGGAUGCAAGUUACAACAGCUUCCAAUGCACAUGUGAAUUUCUCUCUUUCAUGCAGUCUCGAUCAGAAAUAUCUCAUAUCUUUAUGGAUUGGCCAAAUAACUACAUUUGUGAUGCACCUGAGUAUGUAAGAGGGAAGGAAGUAGGAGUUGCCCAUUUAUACUUCAUAGAUUGUCAUUUGAAAUUAGUAGUUUCUUUACUCUGUAUCUUCAUACUUCUGAUCAUCCUUGUGGUAGCAAUUCUUUGCUACAAAUUUCAUGCCAUCUGGUACAUGAAAAUGAUCUGGGCUUGGCUUCAGGCGAAACGCAAACCCCAAAAAGCCUAUGUUAAAGAAACUGAGUACGAUGCCUUUGUUUCCUACAGUGAACAGGACUCUGAGUGGGUGGAGAACGUCAUGGUGAGGGAGCUGGAGCAAACCCAUCCGCCAUUCAAACUCUGUCUCCAUAAAAGGGAUUUUCUGCCUGGCAAAUGGAUUGUGGACAACAUUAUUGACUCCAUUGAGAGGAGUUCUAAAACUCUGUUUGUGUUGUCACAGCACUUUGUCCAGAGCGAGUGGUGCAAAUAUGAACUUGAUUUCUCUCACUUCCGCCUCUUUGAUGAGAACAACGAUUCUGCGAUUUUGAUUCUACUGGAGCCCAUUCCACCAGAAACAGUUCCCAGAAGGUUUUGCAAACUGAGGAAACUGAUGAAUACCAAAACCUACCUUGAAUGGCCAAGUGAUGAAAAUCAACAGAUGAUCUUUUGGUUUAAUUUGAAAACUGCUAUAACAUCCUAGUAGAAAAUGUGGACUUUUUACUGUCCAGGCUCAAUGCAGUUGUGUGUGUAUCUACCUUUUACAUCACCUGUCAUGGCCUCAUUAAUUUGGGGGCUUUGGCAAUUUUCUCCUCUAAAAUACAGCUCAUAGCAAUUGGAAUUUGUUGGCAGUCUCCCAUCCAAGUACCACCUGGGGCUGACCCUGCAUAACAUUCAGAGAGUAGAGAGGAUCUAAUGCCUUUACAGUACCUAUGCCUUCCAAUUAUCAGAGACAGCAGGAUCUGUUUGAUUUGUGAGUAAACAAAUCAGGUUAAAGAAUACCUUUCUAAUUAAUCACACUAGGGAAUGAAUCUACUUUAAAUCCAGUUUCUGCCUCCUGCAGAAUUCUGGGUUUUGUAGUUCAGUGAGGCUGUUAAAUCUCCUUCCUAAACUACAAACCCCAGAAUUCUGCAGGAAGCAGCAACUGGAUUUGGAGUAGAUUCAUUCUCUAGUGCAGUGUUUCUCAACCUGGGGGUCGGGACCCCUGGAGGGGUCAUGAGGGGGUGUCAGAGGGGUCGCUAAAGACAAUCAGAAAACAGUAUUUUCUGUUGGUCAUGGGAGUUCUGUGUGGGAAGUUUGGCCCAAUUCUAACCUUGGUGGGGUUCAGAAUGUUCUUUGAUUGUAGGUGAAUGAUGAAUCCCAGCAACUACAACUCCCAAAUGCCAAGUCUAUUUUCCCUACACUCUACCAAAGUUCACAUUUGGACAUAUUGAUUUUCAUGUUAAGUUUGGUCCAGAUCCAUCAUUGUUUUGAGUCCACAGUGCUCUCGGGAUAUAGAUGAACUACAACUCCAAUACUCAAGGUCAAUGCCCACCAAACCUUUCCAGUAUUUUCUGUUAGUCACGGGAGUUCUGUGUGCCACGUUUGGUUCAAUUCUAUCAUUGGUGGAGUUCAGAAUGCUCUUUGAUUGCAGAUGAACUAUAAAUUCCAGCAACUACAACUCCCAAAUGAUGCAAUCAAUCCCCCCUCAAUCCCAGCAGUAUUCGAAUUUGGGCGUAUCGGGUCUUUGUGCCAAAUUUGGCCCAGUGAAUGAAAAUAUAUCCUGCAUAACAGUAGAAAAAUUACAGUUGUAAAAUAGUAAUGAAAAUAAUUUUAUGGUUGGGGGUCACCACAACAUGAGGAACUGUAUUAAGGGGUCGCAGCAUUAGGAAGGUUGAGAACCACUGCUCUAGUGUGAUGAGGACCACAAAAUUCUUUGGACUGAAAUGUUGGGCAAAAUGGUACCAACAUUUGGGGAAAGGGAAGAAGUAAAGCUGCAGAUAUCUGGCCAUGUUUUGCAGCUAUUGUGUGUUUGUUUCACUGAAUAUGUUGAAGAUGGCCUGCGAAGAACUAUCUUGUUCGCUUCAGUAUUUGAGAAAGCCAACUGUAAACCGCCUUCAGGCUGAGAAAGGUGGGAGACAAAUAUCACAAACAAACAAACAAACAAAUAAAGCAUACAGUGAUUUUCAAUCUAUUUCUUAUAUCCAAUAAUGCAUUUGAAGGCCUGGAAGUGUCUGGCUUUGAUGAGAAUGUCAUCCUGGUUGAAUGUAUGUUAAUUACACAUCAACUGAUGUAGUCAUAUUUUACUUUUUGAAUAAAAUAUCUACUGACAAAUCUCUGCACUGAAUGUUUCAGUAAUAAAAAGACAAUUAAUUCAUUUUUCUCUCUUUCUGGCAAACAGGUGUUUGAAUUAGCACCAGCAGAGGCUGAUCCAA